AUGACCUCCCAGAAUCACACCCAGGGCCCUGGCCUCUCAUCCUGCCCUCCAAAUGUUCCUUCACUGCUCCUGCCAGCUUUUCCUGGGGCUGCUUUACUGGUGACCUCAGCUGACACCCCAGGAAGCAAGCUGAUCAUCAAGCUGAAACGAGAAGGACCCAUUAUGGGGGGUGCUGAGGAGCUGCCCCGAACUCAGACUUUCUUCCUGACAGGGAUGCCAUUGGGUUGGACCACCCAGCGCCGGGAUGGGCCUGGUGGUCCCGGCAUCCGCACAGUGUUGUUGACAAAAGCCGGUGAGGAGCCAGGUGGUCGGAAACCCAGAGCACCUGAGUCUGUCCCAUCUGCUCAAGGGUCACCUGCCAGUGACACCUCUUUUGCUUGUACCUCCAAGGGAGUUUAUGAGAAUUACCGGCGUUGGCAACGCUACAAGGCUUUGGCAAGGCGCCAUUUCCCAGCCACACCUGAUGCAGAAGCUCUUGCUUGUUUUUUCAUCCCCGUCCUCCGUUCACUGGCCCGCCUUCGUCCUGACAUGACCCUGGAGGAUGGGGUUCCCCGUGCUGUGCAGGAAUGGGAACACAGCAGCAAUUUUGAACGCAUGAUCUUCUAUGAAAUGGCAGAAAAGUUCAUGGAGUUCGAAGCUGAAGAAGAACAACAAAUCCAAAAGAUGAAACUUUUGGCCACCUGCUCCCAGUUCCAAACCCCAGUCCCCAAACCCACCAAGCUGCCAAUGUCCCCUGCCCCUGAGUCUGGACAACAGCAAGGUACUGUCUACCCUUAUCCCCUGCUGCUUGAGCAAAUGGUUUAUCCACCUAGGGAAGCCAUUGGGAAAUUGUCAAAGCCAACAAGAGGCACAAUGGGAAAAUUAGGGCCCAGCUUGCUAAUUGACUCCAUGAUCCCUCUUUUCCCAAAAGUUUACAUCCCAAAGAAAUCAGCUUCCAAGAGCCGCCAGCCUCGACGACGCCAGCGGCGCCCACCCAGUACUUCUCACCCAGGAGCACCGAGGGAGAUCCCUGCUGAGGCCGUGCACCAGUAUGCAGAGAUCAUGGAAGGCCUGAACACCAGCUGGGAGGAGGAAGAAGUUGAGAAGAAAGAGCAAGGGAUGUGCCGAGACACCCAUGACCAGGAGGAAGGGGUGUUCCCAGACCCUGCCCUGCUUCAGUAUAUUGAUCAGUUGUGUGAUGAUGAAGAAUUUGUUUGUAAGGUGGAAGCUGUCAUCCACCCGCAAUUUAUGGCUGAUUUAUUGUCUCCGGAGAAAAGCCAGGAUCCCUUGGACCUAGUGGAAGAGUUAGCAGAUGAGUUAAACUUGACACCUAACCAGGUAAGAUAAAGAAAUGAAAUUUGAAUUGUGGGAAUUGAGAUCUUGCACUGGGGAGGGCAUGGAGGAGAGAGCUGGGAGCUGUGGUGCCAUUAUAUAAUUUUAGAUCUUGGACUUACAUAUUCUUAUGUCAAAAUUGAUAAGGGCCUUUUUAUGUGUUCCUGGGGUUUAAGUACCAUUUUAAUUCAAAAAGUAACAUUCAUUUUUAAAGUGAGAAUAAUAAAAUGAGUGUCCAUAACUAGGUACGUCUAGGUACAUCCUCUCCAGCUGUCCAGAACUACAAUGUAACAGGAAAAAAAGAUGAAAUGGUAAGCAAUAAUGUGAAGCACAGCCAUUGCACACCUGUGUCACCCAGAUCUUGACAACGGACACUUGUGAUUCUCCAAGUGUUCACUUGUGGGGGGUUCUUAGUCAUGGGGUCCCAGAUAUCUGUCCUGAAGUCUGGUUCUAGCUAGACCACUCCAUGGGGGUCACUUCUGUAUCAGAGGUUGAGCCUAUUUACAGGUCAGUUCAGAGGGAGUUGGGUACAGAAAUUGGCUUUCCUAUUGAGGCUCCUACACUCCCCAGUCUUGUCCAAACUGAUGUGGUGGGGGGGGGGGAGGCGGGACAGAA